AGACAGGCGCGGGAGGCGGCACGGCGUCAAGUGCAGCUCGGACGCACGGACUGGGCCCAUUUCCCUUUCAUCCAUGAAGAAACUGAGCCAGAGAGAGACAGGUUACUCGUUUUGGCCUGUAUCCUGCAGCAAAUAAGUUACAGCAUCCAACCUAGCACUGCCUGUUGCUCUCUAGAUGCUAAUUCUUUGCCCUGCAGCAUUGUCUGAAGAGCAUUUUUGCACAGUUUCUUCCGUCUGCACCCAGUUGUCUUCAGCAUGGGGGAGCAGAACCACUCUCCCAGGAAGGAGCUUCAGCACAGGACGCGAGCAGAGGCUCCAGGAAAGGAAAGCUGGCAUUCCCAGGCCUACGCCCUUGGGGCCGUUUCCAACUUUAUGUCUACUUUUCUGACCUUUCCUAUCUAUAAGGUUGUGUUCCGGCAACAGAUCCAUGCCAUGGCAGUGUCAGAGGCUGUGAGACAGCUUUGGCAUGAAGGUCCUCAAUACUUCUACCGGGGAAUCUACCCUCCUCUUCUCUCCAAGACGUUGCAAGGGACUCUUCUGUUUGGGACUUAUGAUAGCCUGCUGUGCUUUCUCUCUCCUGUUGGGCCACACACCCUGGGACACCGCUGGGCUGCAGGGCUCAUGUCUGGUGUGGUGGAGGCUGUGGCACUCAGCCCCUUUGAAAGGGUGCAAAAUGUGCUCCAGGAUGGUCGCAAGCAAGCUCGCUUCCCCAGCACCUUCAGCAUUCUCAAGGAAUUCAACUCUUAUGGGCUUUGGGGGCGGCUGUCACUGGGUUACUAUCGUGGUUUCUGGCCUGUCCUGGCCAGGAACAGCCUGGGGAGUGCUCUAUAUUUUUCUUUCAAGGACCCCAUCCAGGAUGGCCUGGCAGAGCAAGGCCUGCCCCACUGGGUUCCUGCCUUGGUGUCUGGUAGUGUCAAUGGAACAAUCACCUGCCUAGUUCUGUAUCCUCUGAUUGUGCUGGUUGCUAAUAUGCAGUCCCACAUUGGAUGGCAGAACAUGCCAAGCCUGUGGGCCUCUGCCCAGGAUGUGUGGAACACUCGGGGCCGAAAGCUGCUCCUGAUCUACCGUGGAGGCUCCCUGGUCAUCCUAAGGUCCAGUGUGACAUGGGGCCUCACUACAGCAAUCCAUGACUUCCUGCAGAGGAAGUCACACUCCAGGAAAGAGCUGAAGACUGACUAGCUGCAGAAAGUGUGGCAUGGCAGCUUUGUUAUUCUAAAUCUUCCCUGGUUGGUUCUAUAUAGCUUACUUCUUUGGCUCGGUUGCCUAAUACAGCCAUCUUUUAGCAUCUGUAAACUCAUUGCAUGGGAGAAGUUCCCAACUACCAACAUGUUGAGCAAGGACAAAGCCCAACGGGAUUCCUUAGUCAAAAAGAAACGUUUGCCCCCGUCUCUCCACAGCUUCAGUAGCCUCAGAGCCAGGAAGCCUUUAAAUAACGUGUAACCCAGAUUAAGUGUCAUUCCUUUAAGGAAUUCCUUGGCAAUAAGUGGAAACUUAAAAAGAUGACCUUACUUAGGCACUUUGAGCUCUGGGACCCUCUAGGUGUCCUCCAGACCAAACUGAGUGGAACUCCAAUUUCAAAGAACUAUGCUUGACUCUCAGGAUGGGAAUUCCAUAAAACUUCUCAGAUGGCUACAUUUUCAUGAUAUUGUUCACUGCCUCUACCACCACCUCUCACUUCUCAAGGCUGUGGGUCCUACUUUCAGGGUAGCAGCUGUGGCUGGAAAUCCUAAAUAAGGCUUGCGUGAACUCGUCAGGUGCCACAAGAGCUAGUGGGGCUGGAGAUGGGAGUGAGAAGAGGCGUGGCCCAUGGAUGGAAAGAAUAAAAACUUUGAAAGAAAAGAUUUAAUUACAUGCAAAAUAGAAACAUUUGCUAUAGUCUGCUUGGUGUUAUCUGCUAGGACAUUUCUGAGAGCAAGGUGAUAACAUUGCCUAGAAACCAUUUGAGUUUCCCUAAGAAACCUGGAAGUGAAGUGACCAUAUCUCUUCACAGAUAAUUGCAUAUUUUGUUGAUGUGGUUAAUGUAGUUACUAUGACAUAAAGAUCAGAAAUCUUAGCCUGUCAUUCAGAGCCAUUCAAAAUAUGGUCGUCAUAUAACUUUCAACAUAUUGUCACUCCACUUACAUAAACCCCAAACACUACCCAUAAUGAACGAUUGUUCUCUCCCCAGACAUUCCAUGAACUUUCCCGUGGCCAUACUUUGGCCCACACUAUUCUUUCCACCUGCAGUGCUCCUUCUUCACGUGCCAAUCUACCAAAAUCCUUCCAGUUCCUCGAAGCCCAGCUCAGAGGUCACCUUCUCUAUGGAGCUCUUGAUUUUCCCCAACUGAAUGUGACGUUAGUCUCUGUGAUGCCCCUUUCUUUCUUUUCUUUUUUUUUUUU